CGUGGGUCCGGCGGUUCCUUCAGCGCGCCCCUGCCUCCUUGGCUCGCAGCCCAAAAACAACCUGACGCCAAGAGCCGUGGCCGAGUGGUUGAAGCGCCCCCGGGCGAUGGGGAAGGCGCUGGAAGCGAAAGCGUCCUCAGCGCCGGAGUUUGAGCUAGAGGCCUCAGAUGCGGACACCGAGGCAACCCCGCAGGUGGGGAAACGAGUGCCACCAGUCGCUGCUGCCUGGAUGAACCUCACCAAGAACUUGGUGGGCGCGGGCAUCUUCUCCUUGCCCAGCGCCUUGCUGAGCGGCUCCGUGAGCUUCGGGCUGCUGGCCAUGCUUCUGGUGUGCCUCUUCAGCGGCAGCAGCUUCGUGCUUAUUGCCUGGCUCUGCAAGCGCCUGCGCUGUGAGACCUACCGGGAGAUCUGGAGCGCCGCCUUCGGGCGAAAGAGCUGCGCGAUCAUCGACGGCUUCAUCGUGGUGAACGGCUGCUUCGCUUGCGUAGCGUACACCAUCCUGGUGGCGGACUUUCUACACAAGGCCAUGGAAGGGAUGGGCAUGUCUCCCAGCCGCACCGUACUGAUUUUGUGCAACACUUGUUGCUUCAUGCUUCCGCUGUCGCAUGCACGGGACCUCUCUGCACUGCGCUAUACUUCGAUGAUGGGCCUGGCGAUUAUUGGCUUUGUGAUUCUGUUCAUAGUUCUAGACUGCCUCGAGUCCUGGGACGUUGCGUCCGCCAACCUCGAGGCCCACGUGGCGAGACUCAAUCUGGGCAUUUUUCGGACCAUCGCCAUUUGCACUGGCGCCUUCCAGGCGCACUACAACGCCCCACGGAUUUUGAAGCAGCUGCAUGGGGAUCUGCCAGCGCAUGGGCGCACGGUGCUGGCCAGCUUCGGCACCGCCUUCGCAGUCUACGCGGUCUUCUCAUUGGCCGGCCUCGGCCUCUUCGGGGAUGCCUUGCUAGGUAACGUCUUGCGGAACUAUGACCCCGACAGCGUGGCGAUCAUGAUGGCUUGGUUCGGUAUGGCCUUCGCCAUCAUUUUUACGUAUCCGCUGGUCUUCACUGCAGCGCGAGACUCCUUCAUCGAAUCUCAACCUGCUCUUCAGAAGGCCCUUCGGCAGAGCCCGACGCUGGCGCACGUGGCCAUCACUAGCUCGAUGGUCCUGGCGAUUUCCACGGUGGCAUGUUGCAUCGAGGACGUGUCCAAAGUGACUGGAACUCUGGGGGCGGUCAUUGGCUCCAGCCUGUGCUGGAUAUGCCCAUCUUGCGUGUACCUGAAGUUGUCCAGAAAAGGACGUCUCAGCGCGCCGCUGAUGGGCAAGACAGCCGGCCGGCUGUCGCGGAGCUUCGCGCUCGAGGUCUAUGCGACUUCAUUGAUUGCAGUGGGCUCGGUCAGCAUCGUGGUGGGCGUCCACGCGGUUUGGAGCCACUGAGUGAGUCGGAAACCCGGGGAAUGCGUUCAGUGUGCCUUGGGUCUCGCCUUUUUUCGUUGAAGC